UGACUUCAAGUUUGGGUUAAAAACUAUAUUAAUAUUCAAUUGAAUUCAUGUUUUUAUCGUAAGUGUCGUCACUUUCAUCUGAUUUGUGUUGAAUGUGUUGAUGAAUGUUAAGUGAUGGCCGACUUCGCCAACUAUAAGGUUAUUAGCAACAAAUUGAAGAAACGAUUCCUACUUCGGAGGCCAAAUGUAUCUGAAGUAUCGGAACAAUUCUUGAGUUUGAGUCGUGAUCUGAACCAAUUCAAAGCAUAUUCGGGUUAUUGUUGUCUAGCAGUGGCCCGAUGUGAGCACUCGAUGGGCAAUACAGCGGCCGAGACUCAGGCGCUGCUCGACUCGGCCAGACUUCUGCGCGAUGGCGACCAACUCAAUGGUGCCAUCAGUGCGUACAGACACGCACUGCGUGUGUCACACAAAUCACUUCAUACAUCCAUUUACGGCGAAUUGGCCACUCUUUACAAAAGACAUCAAAAAUAUCUCGAGGCCAGCAAUGUCUAUAUUGAGGCCAAUCUCUUAAAAGAAGCCAUCGAUUGCUUCUUGAGUUGUAGUCAAUGGGAACGGGCUUUAGAAACCUUCUCUAGAGUUGAUUCAUCGGUGAUGACUGAAUCAGAUUUUGUAACACUAUUUCUUUUAAAGCUAUAUCUGAAUGACACCAAUAAAUGUGAAUUCAAUUUACCGAUUGUUGAAUGCAAUCCACAAAAUGAUGAACUAAUGGACUUAAAUAUAAUGUUGGAAUCACUGCUUAUUUGGUCUCAGACUCGAUCUGAAGAUAUCGUCGAUUCAAUUGCCGCUCAUUUGUUUCCCAAACUUAAUGGACAUCAAAAUCAAUUGCUUUAUCUUAUACUCACUGAAAAGGAUGAUUAAAAUAAUUAUAAUUCAAAUUAUAUACAUAAAUAUGUAU